GUUAUAUCAGUGAAAUUUAUCCAUUCUACAUUUGCAAAAUAUUACAAAAUAGAAGAUAUUGAAAAUAAUACAGAUUUACCAGUUCCUCCUUCAAAAGAUAGAAGUAAAAUAAUUCCUGUAGAUAUUAGUAUAAAAUAUCUUAAAAGUAGUGCUUAUAAACAAACUUACGGAGAAGAACCUAUUUGGAAAUAUUAUAGACGAAGCUUUAAAGGUCAAAUUCCUCCAAAGAAAACACGAAAGACUUGUAUUAGAGGUGGUAUAAUUGCUACUGGUAAUCCAUGUCCAAUAUGCAGAGAUGAAUAUUUAAUUCUUGAUUAUCGUAAUAUUGAUUUAUUAAAACAAUUUAUUUCUAAGGAUAAUGGAGAAAUUUUAAAUUAUCAUUAUACUUGUCUUUGUCAAAAGGCUUAUAAAGAUCUACUUGUUGCAAUAAUGAAAUCAAGAGAAUAUGGUUUAUUUCCAUAUCAUGUUCCUUUUAAAUAUUAUAAUUAUUUAGAAUGGAAAAAUUAAUGCAUUAUUUUUGAUUUAUAUUUGAAAAUUUACAUUUAAGAAAUAAAUCAUAUAAAAUGGAUGAAGAAAAAUUAAACUGUACAUUUUUAAUAGUAGGUGGUGGUAUUGCUGGAAUAUCUUGUGUUGAAAGCAUAGCUUUUCUUGCUCCAGAAGAAAAAAUCAUUCUAAUUACAGCAAGUCCUUUAAUAAAAACAGUCACAAAUAUAAUUCCACUUGGUAAAACUUUAAUGCAAUUUGAUAUAGAAGAAAAAGAUAGUACAGUUUUGAUGAAAAUACAUGAUUUAUUAAAAAUUAUUAAUGAUUUAGUAAUAAAAAUAGAUAGUUUAAAUAAACAAGUGGAAACUAAAAAUGGAAAAAUUAUAAAUUAUAAAAUGUUAUGUCUUUGUAAUGGUGCUAGACCAAAACUUAUAGAAAAUCAUAAUGAUUUUAUACUAGGUAUAAGAGAUACAGAAUCAGUUCUUCAAUUUUCUCAAAAAAUAAAGAAUUCAAAAAGAAUUGUAAUAGUUGGAAAUGGAGGUAUUGCAACUGAAAUGGUGCACGAAGUAGAUGGUCUUGAAAUGAUAUGGGUAAUUAAGGAUAAACAUAUUUCUGCAACUUUUGUUGAUCCUGGAGCUUCAGAAUUCUUCAUGAACAAAAUAUAUAAAAAUAGUACAUUUAUAAAUGCUAAUGUAAGUUCUUUAACUAAAAGAAUGAGGUAUACUGUCUCUGAUAUUACAGCUAUAGCAGAUGGACCAGCUUUAGGUCCAGAUUGGCAUAACAAUUUUGAUAUAAAAAGUAGUUAUCUUAAAUCUGCAAAAGUACAAAUAGAAUAUGAAUGUGAGGUAAUUAAAAUUCUUAAUAAAUCAGAACAAAAAGAAUUUGAUCCUAUAGAAGAAUGGCCUAUAUAUGUUCAAUUAACAAAUGGAAAAAUUAUUGGUUGUGACUUCAUUGUGUCAGCAACUGGUGUAAUUCCAAAUUCUGAUAUAAUAGGUUUGGAAGAUAUAAAAAAGGAAAAAGAUGGAGGAUUAUUGGUAGAUUGGAAAUUAGAAACUUCUAAACGAGAUAUAUAUGCUGCUGGGGAUAUAUGUAGUGCAGGGUGGGAAUUAGCAAAACAUUGGUUUCAAAUGAGAUUAUGGACUCAAGCACAUCAGAUGGGUCGAUAUGCAGCAAAAUCAAUGGUUUCUAAAAUGAAAAAUGAAGAAUUUUUACAAGAUUUCUGUUUUGAACUUUUUACUCAUGUAACUAAGUUUUUUGGUUACAAAGUAGUUUUACUUGGUUUGUAUAAUGGACAAAAGUUGGAUAAUAAUUACGAAGUAUUAUUACGAAUAACUAGAGGAGAAGAAUAUAUAAAACUUAUAUUAAAAAAUGGUAAAAUGCAAGGAGCAGUUUUAAUUGGAGAUACUAAUUUAGAAGAAAUGUGCGAGAAUUUAAUACUUAAUCAAUUAGAUUUAAGUAUCUAUGGAGAAGACUUAUUGAAUCCUGCUAUUGAUAUUGAGGAUUAUUUUGAUUAAUUAUAAUAUAAAACUUAUAUAGUUAAUUAUUAUAUUAUAUUAUAAUUAUAUUUUAUUAAUUUAAUAUUCAUAAAAUAUGCUUUAUUUAAUAGGAUACUUAUUUAAAUUGAUUAUUUUAUUUGAGUAACUUUACAGACCUUAUAUAAAUUUAAUUAAACAUUCAUACAGAAUAUUUUAUAUAAUAUACAUACGUAAAUAACAUUAUAUAACAGCUAUGAAUAAUAAAAAAUAAAAUAAUAGUCACAUAUUAAACAUAUUUUUAUGUUCCACUUAAUGUUUUUCAAGUAUAUUACCAAUACGUUUAUUUAUAUAAUAAUAUAUUUCUCUAAAUAGAAAUCUUAUUUAAUUAA